CGGGUGACGUCAGUGCCGUGUGCGGUGCUGAGGCGGCGUGCGCCCGUGGUCUGUGCGUGCGCCUCUUGUGUGUAAAGUCUAUGGGCGAGACAAAGGCGGCGGACCGGGGUCAGGCAGCGCACAGCGAGGAGCUCCGUUUGCAUCGAAAAAGCUGCUAGUGGCUAACACUAGCUACUAGUGCUGCCCACAACUGAUCGCCUCCUCCUAUUGCCUUCUUCUCAUCUUACCCUCAACAACUUGUCUUCAAACAGGAAGAGGGCUUUCUCGGAUAAGACAAGACGAAGGUGACUCAUCGACACAGGCUUUUGUGAGCUGAUGUGAGAUCCCGGAGACUAUGCCUAGCCCUUUAUUCCACCCCGAAAUUAUGGACCACGACGUGGUGAUCAGCAGCCAGCACAGCGGGGAUCAGGAGUCCCGGGAUGAGGAGCACCAGGAGGCACUCCGCUUUGCCUUGGACCAGCUGUCACUCAUGGCUCUGGACAAAGUGGACUGUGGUGGCGGGGGCAAUGGGCUGGACGCCUUGGAUGGGACCCCGGCUUCAGGCUCCGAAGGCUGUAAUGGAGUGGGCGGAGGAGGCUACGUGGAUCUGCAGAUGCUGGACCACCCCAGCGGGUCGCGAGAUUCGCCCACAUCUUGCUCCCCUUCCCCGGAAUAUUAUGGGUCAGGCGGCUACCACAUGGCUGGCUCUCACUCCAUGCUUCACGGAGAACAAAGCUCGGUGCUCUGUAACAGGAAAAGAAGUGUAAACAUGACCGAGUGUGUCCCCGUGCCCAGUUCUGAGCAUGUGGCGGAGAUUGUGGGCAGACAAGGCUGUAAGAUCAAGGCAUUGCGUGCAAAGACAAAUACCUACAUAAAGACUCCAGUUCGGGGUGAAGAUCCUGUGUUUAUAGUGACUGGCCGAAGGGAGGAUGUGGAAAUGGCAAAGCGGGAAAUCGUGUCGGCAGCUGAGCACUUCUCCAUGAUCAGAGCUUCACGCUGUAAAGCGGGGGGCCCAGGGGGCGGCGGCUCGCUCCCUGGCCCCCCUCACCUUCCAGGGCAGACUACAAUACAGGUGCGGGUGCCAUACAGAGUUGUGGGCCUAGUUGUGGGACCAAAAGGAGCCACUAUCAAGCGCAUCCAGCAGCAGACACACACUUAUAUCGUGACCCCGAGUCGAGAGAAGGACCCUGUGUUUGAGGUGACUGGGAUGCCUGAGAACGUGGACCGAGCACGGGAGGAGAUUGAGACGCAUAUCACGCUGCGAACCGGCACCUUCGUGGAUCUGCAGGGAGACAACGACUUCCACACCAAUGGCACUGAUGUCAGUUUGGAGGGCCUGGGUGCACUGAGUGCUGGCCUAGGAGCCUCGCUGUGGUCCCGGGCAACUGGGCACCACUCAGGCCCCUCUCCCCCCUCGCCUCCCCCGGCCCUCUCCAUGGCCAUGCAGCAUUCAACUGGGCGUAAGCUGUCCUCCGCAACAUACCAUUCGCACAAUGGCAACCUGAACUCUGAUGGUUUCACUAACAGUCGCAAAAGCAAUGAAGGGGGUAGCCCCACCAGUCCCUUUAGCACUGGCUCCAGCAGUGCUGGGGGGGGGCUCAGUUUUGGAGGUGACUCUACACCAGGAUUGCCUUCCUCUGAUGAACUGGGCUUCGAGUUCAGCACUUCCAACAUUUGGGCACCUUUUGUGAAUGGGACUGCCUCCAAGUCAAGCUCCUCACAGCAGCCCCUGCGCAGGAACAGCAGUGGUCUGAGUGGAGGGGCCAUUACACCUCGUCUGUCGCCUACUUUGCCUCAGGACACAGCCAUAGGAUCUCUGGAGCACCCGCUGGCCCGUCGCGCGCAGAGUGACCCACUCAGCACCCUGUCCUGGCUGCAGUCGGGCGGCAGCAGCGGCUCUUUCUCAGCAGCAUCCAGUUCCAGCUCAGGUGCGUCCUCCACUGGG